AUGAAAUUAGAUACCUCGCAUAUGCGGUACUUGACGAAUGAGGACUUCCAAGUCCUCUCCGCUGUGGAACGCGGGUCUAUAAACCACGAGGUCGUUCCAACGUCGUUGAUCCACCAGCUGUCCGGCUUGAGAUCGCUGUCUGGGACGAACAGGUCGAUUGGUGACCUGGCGAAGCUAAAGCUGGUCUCGAAAUUGAGGAACGCGAAGUAUGACGGGUACAGGUUGACAUACAACGGUAUCGACUAUAUGGCACUGAAGACCAUGCUGAAUAGGGACAGUUUAUACUCCGUGGGGAACACCAUCGGUGUCGGGAAGGAAUCUGACAUUUACAAAGUAAGUGACAAGAACGGUGUAGAAAAAGUUAUGAAAAUUCACAGGCUGGGGAGAACCUCUUUCCACACGGUGCGGAACAACAGAGACUACUUGCGGAAAAAUUCAAAGAAUGGUGCAAACUGGAUGUUUCUGUCCAAACUGGCUGCCGCCAAGGAAUACCAAUUCAUGAGUUUGCUCCACUCAAGGGGGUUCAGAGUUCCCGAACCCUUUGAUCACUCUCGUCACAUCAUCAUCAUGGAAUUGAUCAAAGGAUUCCCCAUGACCAGAUUGCGGAAACAUCAAAACGUCCCCAAACUGUACUCAGAUCUGAUGAAGUUUAUCUUAGAACUUGGGAACAGUGGGCUUAUCCACUGUGACUUCAACGAAUUUAAUAUAAUGAUCAAGGAUAAACUUGACGGGAGUGACCCCAAUGACACUGGAUUUAUCGUAAUUGAUUUUCCACAGUGUAUCUCUAUUCAACACCAAGAUGCAUCUUUCUAUUUCCAAAGAGACGUUGAUUGUAUCCGUCGUUUCUUCAAAAAGAAAAUGAAAUACGAGCCAAAGACUGAUUCAACUUUACUAGAUACUGAUGGGUUUGGCGACGGCUACAAAUAUCCGUACCCUGAUUUUGAAAGAGACGUUAAGAGACAGGAUAACUUGGACGAACUGCUACAGGCAUCCGGGUACACUAAGAAACAUCCAGGCGACAGAGAUCUAGAAGAUGCGGUUCAAGGUAUGAGAGAUGCCGAGUACCACUCGAGUGACGAAGAAGAGGACGCCGAAAUACCAGAAGGAUAUGAUAGCGAUGCUGACGAGUAUUAUGACUCUGAAGAAUACGACAACGAAGACUCUGAGGAGGAAAGUGACGAAGGUGCCGAAGAAGAAGAGAAUGAAAGAAUCAUCGAAGCGCUAUCAACAGGUGUAGGAAAUCUCAAAAUGGACAGCUUAGGGAACUACAUAUUAGAAGAUGAUUAA